AUGGCAAGCAUGAUCAUGAAAUUGGGAUCGAAAUCAGAAGUCUUUCACCGUGACGGCCAAACCUGGUUGUGCUCGACCGGUCUGCCGAGCGAUCUUGUUGUCGAAGUAGGAGAAAUGGCCUUCCAUCUACACAAGUUUCCUUUGCUGUCAAGAAGCCAAGUAAUUGAGAAUCGAAUUAACGAUUAUUCCAGUGAGGAUGACGAAAAGUGUGUCCUGCAAUUUCAUGACUUACCUGGUGGAGCCAAGACCUUUUUGCUUGUAGCCAAAUUCUGCUAUGGCAUUAGAUUAGAGCUCACUGCGCUGAAUAUAGUAGGUAUUCGUUGUGCUGCCGAGUAUCUUCAAAUGACCGAAGAUCGCGGGGAUGGAAAUCUUAUAAUGCUAAGCGAAAGUUUUCUGAACGAAAUGUUUGGUCAUUGGACGGACACGAUCAAAGCUCUUGAAACCUGCAAAGAGUUUCUACCGUAUUCAGAAGAGCUUCAUAUUGUUUCGCGAUGCAUUGAUUCCUUGGCAAUGAAAGCUUGUGCUGAUACGAAUUUGUUUAGUUGGCCUCUGCCGGAAAACGGCAUCGCACAAUGUCCUGAAGGCAAUCAUGUCUUAUGGAAUGGAAUAUGUUCGACAUCCAAACCACAACCAUUGAGUGAGGAUUGGUGGUAUGAAGAUGCGUCCUUCCUUAGAUUAUCGUCGUAUAAAAGGUUGAUUCUAGCUGUCGAAUCAAGAGGCAUGAAGCCAGAGAGGAUUGCCGGUUCUGUUGUCCACUACGCUAAGAGGCAUCUUCCGUUGUUGUGUAGGCAACCAAGCUUCCGGGGCCGAAACCAUGCAGCCCCUAGAUCACUUGUGUCUCACCCAUCCGAUGCAGAUCAAAGGAAUCUCCUUGAAGAAAUAGUGGCAUUGGUACCCAUUCAAAAGGGUGCCACCCCAACAAAUUUCUUGUUGAGGCUUCUCCGAACAUCAAUGGUUUUACAGGCGAGGCCAUCGUGUCAAGACAAGCUAGAGAAACAGAUUGGGGCUCAGCUGGAUCAAGCUGCUUUGGAAGAUCUUCUGAUACCGAAUAUCGGGUACUCCAUGGAAACCCUUUACGACAUUGAUUGUGUUCAGCGGAUUCUUGAUCACUUUGCUCACAUAGAUAACGAGCCGCUGGACCCUUCGAAUUAUAUCAUUGAUGAGGGGCAGCUUAUGGGAGGUUCCCAUCCAUUGACCCCAAUGACAAUGGUGGCUACCUUGGUGGAUGGAUACCUGGCUGAAGUGGCACCUGAUGUUAAUUUGAAGUUGCCAAAGUUUCAGUCACUUGCUGCUGUUAUUCCCGACUAUGCCAGACCAUUAAAUGACGGAAUUUAUUGUGCAAUCGACAUAUACCUUAAGGCGCAUCCAUGGCUGACAGAUUCCGAGAGGGAACAAAUAUGCAGCCUUAUGAACUGCCAGAAGCUCUCAUUGGAAGCCAGCACUCACGCAACCCAGAACGAGAGGCUACCACUCCGAGUCAUUGUCCAAGUCCUAUUUUUUGAACAACUUCGGCUUCGCACAUCCAUUUCCGGUUGGUUAUUUGUCUCGGACAACCUCAAAAACUCACAAAAUCCAAAUGGGAAUCUCGCUAACGCUGGAAACAACACACGUGUUGGAGCUGUUCGAGACCAUUUGGUGGAGGCUGAUGACAUAAUGGAGCGGGUUUCGGAACUUGAGAAAGAAUGCUUGGGCAUGAAGGAAGAACUUGAAAAGUUGGUGAAAGCAAAGCGUGGUUGGAACCUUUUCUUGAGAAAAUUCGGGUUUCGAUCGAAGUCUAAGUCCAUUGAUCCGAAAGCGGUAAAAAGCUGCCUUCUGAUUCAAAAAAAUCAAAGCCCGUAGCAAAAGCUCCGAGGAAACCUCAACAAUGGUGAGUCUGGAUUACAGGUUUUUAAAAAAAACUAACAAGGGCAAGUCCUUUGUUGCUUUAGGCAGUAUUUGUACAUAGUCAAA